CCACGAUCAAAAUGCGGUAUCUGAUUCCCUAACAACUACAAGGAGGACAGUACCUAUUCCACACAGAGCCGGAAACCUGGAGAGGAAAGAAAGAAUGUCAAUGAAUUCUAGGCAGCAAGAAUUUUUCCGUCCCUCAGUCCACGGAACACCAACCACGACCUUUGGAAUCUCCCUCCGGAAGAAGAAGGCACGGUAGUUAGACAGGCGGACCCUAUUCAGAUCUCGGGUCCCGCGGGUCCUACCUGCAUCCUGAGGGACACCCGCCCAACGCGCAUGCGCAACCUCAACACUGGAUUGGACGGACCCGCGCCUGCUGCGUACACGUCACUUCCGAGGCGGGAGGAUGAAUUGAUUGCCCAUGGCCUCUCAGGGGAGCAGCAAGCGGCCCAGGCCAAGGAUGGAUCCGAUUCACCUGGUGCCAUGUUUGCCUCAGGCAAAGUGGUCCCCAGGGCCAGGAGACCAAGGCUGGAUGUUGUGUCAGGUGCUCAAGGAGUCCCAGAAGUAUACAAGACGGAAGAAUCUGCUGAAGGUGAGGGCCAUGGACUUCAUCACCUCCACAGCCAUCCUGCCCCUGCUGUUCGGCUGCCUGGGUGUCUUCGGCCUCUUCCGGCUGCUGCAGUGGGUGCGCGGGAAGGCCUACUUGCGGAACGCUGUGGUGGUGAUCACAGGUGCCACCUCAGGGCUGGGCAGAGAAUGUGCAAAGGUCUUCUAUGCUGCGGGUGCUAAGCUGGUGCUCUGUGGCCGGAAUCGUGAGGCCCUGGAAGAGCUCAUCAGAGAACUCACCGCUUCUCAUGCCACCAAGGUGCAGACACACAAGCCUUAUAUGGUGACCUUCGACCUCACAGACCCUGGGGCCAUAGUUGCAGCAGCAGCCGAGAUCCUGCAGUGCUUUGGCUUUGUGGACAUACUUGUCAACAAUGCUGGGAUCAGCUACCGUGGUACCGUCAUGGACACCACAGUGGAUGUGGACAAGAGGAUCAUGGAGACAAACUACUUUGGCCCAGUUGCUCUAACGAAAGCACUCCUGCCAUCCAUGAUCAAGAGGAGGCAAGGCCACAUUGUCGCCAUCAGCAGCAUCCAGGGCAAGAUCAGCAUUCCUUUUCGAUCAGCAUACGCAGCCUCCAAGCAUGCAACCCAGGCGUUCUUUGACUGUCUGCGUGCUGAGAUGGAACAGUAUGAAAUUGAGGUGACUGUCAUCAGCCCUGGCUACAUCCACACCAACCUCUCCAUAAAUGCCAUCACUGCGGAUGGAUCCAGGUAUGGAGUUAUGGACAAGACCACAGCCCAGGGCCGAAGCCCUGUGGAAGUUGCCCAGGACAUUCUCGCUGCUGUGGGGAAGAAGAAGAAAGAUGUGAUCCUGGCUGAUGUGCUGCCUUCCUUGGCCAUUUAUCUUCGAACUCUGGCUCCUGGGCUCUUCUUCAGCCUCAUGGCCUCCAGGGCCAGAAAAGAGCGGAAAUCCAAGAACGUCUAGUGCUCUGACCAGCCAGAGCCAGGGCAGAGAAGCCACACUCCUAGGCUCGGUUUCUCUACAAGGGACAGUUGCAUUUGUUAAGACUUUAAUGGAGAUUUGUCUCACAAGUGGGAAGGAUUGAAGAAACACAUCCUGUGCAGAUCUGCUGGCAGAGGAGAACCAAACAAGCUUCUUCCCAGGGCGAGGGGAGACACUUAAGGAAUAAAUACGGAGCUGCGGUUUAAUGCUACAAAUAGGAAAUAAAUGUCUCAAACAGUAAGAGUUGUAGUCUUCAAGGACUAGAACCUUGUGUCCUGUGAAUUCCAGCCCUGCCAACUCCUAGAAAUUGUUUCAACCUUAGAAUCAGAAGAUGUGAUGUCACCUGACCCAGCUGUUUUCAUAUUUGACGUAAACCUCAUUGUUUUGGCAGAAAGACCACCUUCAGCACUCACGGGAAAACUCAGUAGUUUUAAGAAGUCAGUAGUCAUGCCCAUUUCCAGGGCCCUGUGAUAGCCAACACAAAAAGUAGACCAGUAUGUGAUGGCUUAUUUGGCAUAUCCCAAGGGUUGCUGGCUUUAGCACCUCAUAGGAAUUUCAAUUUCUAGGCCGGGUACGGUGGCUCACGCCUGUAAUCCCAGCACUUUGGGAGGCAGAGGCGGGCGGAUCACAAGGUCAAGAGAUCAAGACCAUCCUGAGCAACAUGGUGAAACCCCUCUCUACCAAAAAAUACAAAAAUUAGCUGGGCGUGGUGGCAUGCACCUGUAAUCCCAGCUACUUGAGAGGCUGAGGCAAGAUAAUUGCUUGAACCCAGGAGGAAAGAUUGCAGUGAGCCGCGAUUGUGCCACUGCACUCCAGCCUGGUGCCUGGCGACAGAGCAAGACUCUGUCUCAAAAAAAAACAAAGGAAUUUCCAUUUCUCUCUUACCUCUCACCACAUCCCUGUAGGAUGCCAGGCAGCCAAAAGUGAGAGGAGAACCCUGCAUGGCCCUGCAUCCUCUAGAAAUGAAACCAUCAAACUGGCCAGCUGUGCAGAUUCUACAGCAGUCCCUGGUCUGGUGGAAGUGAACAAUUUGUUAGCUGUAACUAGCUGGAUCAUAGCCAGAAAGAAUGCCUGUUUCUGCCUUUCUGAUUUAUUAAAAAUACAGGGGUGAGGCUCACUGAGUAGGUCAAGUUCAUUUCUAAUGUUUAGGAAGAAACUUUUCCUGUUACUGAAACUGAAAAUUAAAAUGUAUUGGAAUACAAA